AUGCCAGAGUCUCGUUCGUUAUCGGAAUUAACCAGACAAAUCGCUCCACCAACUAAGAACGGCCAUGCACCACCACCCACGGAAUCGAGAAAGAGCUAUCAAUCUGUCAAUCCUGUCCGUGUCCGGGCCGGCUUUGCAACCAUACUCCCCCCGGAACCCAAAGACUUUGGUUUCCCGGAAGCUGCCCGGCGGGUCAUGGGAAUAACGCCGCCGCAUCGCCAGUCGGCAUCGUUUAUGGUCGGAACUACGACGGCGAGACCGGCCGUGGCACGGACGCGGGGCGCGCGAGACGCGAGCGGGGGCGCGGGCGCGGGCGCGAGGGGAGGUGGCGGAGGGCGGAGCCGGCCACGAGGGCCCCCCCGCGCGCCGUCACCGCGGCGAGGGGGGCCGACCGCCACGGGCCCCGGGACCGGGGACGCAGACGGCGCACCGCGGCCGGCGCGGAGGGGCGAGGGCGCGCGCGGCCCCGCCGCGGGCCCCCUCGGCGGCCCGGGGAGGCGGGACCGGGCCACCGGGCGGUCACGUCGAAGCCGGCCGACGCGCGCUCGCGCUCGCGCGGACGGGGGCUCGGGCCCGAGGCCCGGCCCCCCCGGGGGCGGCGCGGCGGCGGCGGCGGCCGGUCCACGACGGCCAGCCGGGGCCCGACUCGCGCUCGGGCGAGCGCGCCGGAGCGGGGCGCGGCGGCGGGGGACGACGGGCCCUCGCCCGCACGCGACGACGCCCGCGGGCGGGCGGGCGUGUGGCGGCGGCAGACACGGUGAGGGGCCGCGGCGGGCCCGGGAAGCGAAACGCGCCGGGGCGCGGCCCGGGGGACGGGCGGACGGAGCGGACGGGGGAAAGGACGGACAGAGAGAGGACACGAACGACGAGCGAGGCAGCGGCCCACGGCCGGCGCGCCCGCGGACGGGCAACGCCGCCUGGAAGCCGGUAAGCGGGAGAGGAGGGCCGUGGAGCCACCGCCAGGGGCCCGCGCCGGAAACCCAGACGCGAGUCGGCCGCCGGGGUGCGACACGGGGUCUCACCGCCACGGGCCCUCCGGCACAGGGGCGGCCCCGCGGCACCCAAGGCGCGCCGACCGGCCCUCUCCUCGGCACCCUCACGGGGGCCCAACGGCCACCCUCGCCCGACACCGCAGGGCCUCAGGACGGCCCACCCACCGCAAGGCUCUCCCGCCGCACGGGCCGGCACUGCCCUGCCCCGCCCCGACGCGCACCCAAACAAACGUUCGCGCCGUGCCGGAUCACCCCACCUCCCCCCCGUCGGGUCCGACGACGCUUCACCCGGGGCCGCCUCCAGGGGAGGGACAGCACCCACAACGCGGUGAGGCCACGUUCUGGUCCCAGGACGGGGGGGGUCGGCGGGGGAAAGGCUCGGCGCGGGCGGCCAUCGGUCCUGGCAGGGCAGGGGAGGGCCGGCGGCGGCGACGAGGAGGGGCCGCUCGCGCGCAAGAGCGACGGCCGGCAGGGGUCGUGGGUGUGGUCGGGCACCAACCCAGGGAAGGGGAAAUCUCGAGACACGACCGGGCCGCCGGGGAAACCACCGCAGGAUCCCACCACCCCCACACGUGGGGGCGGCCCCGCGACGCCCAGGACGCCGGCCGGCCUCAGCCAACCCUCGGCGGUUCCUCCCACACCCCGGCCCCGCCCGCCGCCGGGACUCGCGCGCAGCAGGCUAACCCCCCCAUUCCAGAGGGUAGCCCCUUCCACUCGCUCACUCGUCCGUCUGCGUCUCGUCUGUCCGUCCACCACCACCACCCAGCUUCGUCUGGCUCGCCCCCAGGCCUCGCGGCCCGGGGAAACGCUGCCGAGCGAGGCGGCCCGACCCGUGGCCCACGCACCGCCACCGGUGGCUGCGUCUCGGGACCGGAACAGGUGGGGUGGCUCCUCGCGGCGCGGAGACUGGUGGGGGUGGCCCAAGUCGGGGUGGACCGCCUUCCCCCUCCCCCGACGGCACGCGCCGGGGAGGCCAAGCCCGCGCACACGCGCGCGCGCGCUCGCACGGCCCCGCGCCAGACGCCGGGCCCGGCCCGGCGGAACCCUCCCCCGACUCGGAGGGGGGAGGCGCGGGCCACAGCAGGCCAAGAACAGCACUCGGCCCCACCGCGGGGCCAGCGCAGCCCACACGCCAAAGCGACGGGGCCCUGCCCACACGCCGCGGCAGUCGCUCCCCGUGGAGAGCGACUGCACGCUCUGGAUGGAGGAGCGGCGGCUGGGGGGUCCGGUGCCCCCAAGGCUCCCCUCUCAGAUCGCUAGAGAAGGCUUUCUCACCGAGGGCGCAUCGCCCCCCACCCAGCGUGCCCCGUUCAGGCCUACGGAAGCCCGCCGACGUGUACGCCAGCGCUCGGCUGGGCAGGAGGGGUCUGCGGUAGGGGUAAGCAGCGGGCCAAGAAGCGAGCGUUCGCGGUCGGGACCGGGGAGAGCCCGUGCGUGCCACCUCGCGAGGAGACGCACCCAAGACCGCGUGGGGACGGGACAGACGCCCGCCCCCCACCGGCACAUCACCCGGCCCCACCACGAUCGCUCCCACGCCCGGGCGCGAACCCCGCUGAGGGGGACCCACCCGGCGUGCGCCCGGCCACGUCAGUCCCCCCCCCCCCGGUACAGGGUGAGGACUGACGUUCAGGAGGCGGCCCCGGCCCCACCGAGGGUGGGGAGCGGCCACGCCUCGCUUACCGUCUCGACCCCUCCCCCACGCCUCAAGAGAGGCGCUCGGGAGACACGACCACCGCAGGGGUUACCCGAGAGGACUCGCUGGGGACGGGAAGCGAUGCCGCCGCUCGGCCUCGGGCACCUGAGGGACAACCUGGAGCGCUCCAGGGGCACCGCAGAGGACCAAGGCGAGACACGCUCACACCCCGACGAGGGGGGUACGUGGCGUGGCGGCGGGGCAGCCCUCCCCCGCCGCGGGGGAGGGCCGCUCGCGAGACAGGACGCCGAGCAGGCGAGGAGGCGAGAGUGUCUGCCGCGUCGCAAGACCCCGGCCCCGCCGACACCACAAGGCACGGGAGACCGAGGUCGGGCCGGAGUCCGCACCCCUGCCUCCCCCCCGCCACCCACGGGCGGCAGAGGAGAGGCGAGGGGCCCGCAGGCAGAACGAGAGGAGAAGCCACGUUCGCCAUGA